UACGUUAUCGGCAAUACAUGAACGCCGCGAAAGAGUAUGAUGUUGUGUGGACAUGGCGUCACUAGGCACCCCAGCGCAUGUUAGCAGUAACAAGAAGCCCUUGCAUCGUUGGAGUUGGAAGGCGAAGCGUGUGAGGUGCGCAGUGUCACCCCCCACAUGGCGUGAAGGGCGGCGCACGGUGUCGUUGUCUCUUGUUCUCUCCCACUUGCUUCUCAUUCCUAACCGUGAUACUGCCCUAGCAAGUCCUUUCGAUAAGUAUGUUAAGAGAAAAAAGCUUGAUCCUCUGGAGGUUUAUAUACCAGCUGUCAUACUUACAGAGUUUCAGAUCAAGGACUUAGAAAAAACAUUAGAGGAUGAGGAACCCCAAUUUGCCCUCUGCCGGUCUCUACUUCGUUCUGGGCCUGCAGCAUCACUUCGUGUAAAUAUUAGAGCAGUGGCACAGUAUGCAUCUGACAGUGGCAAUGGUAAAACGGCAUUCAAUGAUGUUGAUGAAUGUCUGAGGUCGCUGGAAGAACUUGAUUCCUUGCUUCUUCAUGCAUCAAGAAAUGAUCCUGAAGCCUCAGUCAAAUCAAUGAAGGCAAAAAUCAAUUCUGCCCUUGGCGCUCUGGACAGCCUCUUACAAACCGUACCUUCUGAUGUGCUGAGUAAAGGAAAGGUUAUAGCUGAUUCAUACAGGGAACCGGAAGACGAGGAAACAGGGAGUUUGGACCCUGAUUUAAAGCAACUAGAAUCAAUACUAUGAAUACCUAAACAUACUUGCUCGCUUUUGAGUAGCCAGCAUAGUUAAGACUACGGAACCUAUGUUCCCAAGGCAGAACCUUAAAACACAAAUAGCAUUGUGUAUCGAAAUAAAAAAAAUAUAAAAAAUUGUACGAGUCUGUUACGUUUUUUUCAUAA